CCUAGCCCUGGAGCAAUCUUGGCAACCUUCGAUGGAAUGAUCGCGGUCUGUUAUCGCGAUAGUGGACGAUCAGCGGGCUCUUUUUUUAUACUUCCGCAACUUGCCGCAGCGCAAUUCUGACCGAAUCACAGAUCGAGACGGUUUCUUCAUUACCUGGUGCACUUAUAUGACAUGAGCCGUAGUAUCUUACUACGAUGUCCCCCUAAUAAAAGAUUCAUUAAGCUCCUCGUCCUAUUCAUGCAGACUUUGUGGUCUUGCAUCUCCAAAAGCCAAUGGCCACGAUACCGCCACGACUCCUGUUGCAUUGCAGGAGGUUGCCCGCUCAGGCUCGACCAUCGAAGCUUCCAAUAUACCGCCUUGCCUUGUCAAGGUUAGACCAGACUCGACGUUUCACAGCGCAAGCCGGCCUUCAAUUACAACACACCGAAACCUCCAUGGGCAAGGUGGCAUACCAUGCCGCCGCCUCCUUCAGCGGAAAAUACACUCGAUUCGAUCCCGUCACGAGCGUAUUCCACUUCAACCAAUACAACCGCAUACAAUCGACGCAACGCCCCAAAUCGAAGCGACCGUCCAGCGGCCAGGAUGCCUUCUUCAUAGCGCGUAUGGGAGACAGCAAUGCUAUCGCAUUUGGCGUCGCUGACGGCGUGGGAGGCUGGGAGGAGAGCGGGGUGGAUCCUGCCGAUUUUUCUCACGGAUUCUGCGACUACAUGGCGGCCGGUGCGUACGAAUACAAGCCCGACGGCAGCGGACCGCCGCUGACUGCUCGGUCACUGAUGCAAAAAGGAUAUGAUGACGUCUGCAACGAUCGGAGUAUACCGGCAGGAGGGAGCACGGCAUGCGUAGCCAUUGCAUCUGAGGAUGGCACGCUAGACGUUGCGAACCUGGGAGACUCUGGCUUCGUACAAUUGCGCCUCAACGCGGUACACAGCUACUCGGAGCCCCAGACGCAUGCCUUCAACACGCCGUAUCAGCUCUCGGUGAUCCCAGCCAGCAUGCUCGCCCGCGCCGCGGCGUUCGGUGGUGCGCAGCUUUGCGACCACCCCAAGGACGCCGACGUCACGAAGCACACCCUCAAGCACGGCGACAUCUUGGUAGUCGCUAGCGACGGACUGUGGGAUAACCUGUUCAACCAAGAUAUUCUGCGGAUCGCGAGCCGGCUGAUGACGGGAAGCGGCGCAUGGCAGGUGUCCGAGGGCGGCACUCGCGUGGUGGACGACCUGGCGCCUCUCACCCAAGCUGAGGAAUCGACUCAACGCCCCGCCACGCUCCAAAGUGCACUCGCGCUGGAGAUCACGAAAGCGGCCAAGGCGGCCAGUAUGAACAAGCGGGUCGACGGCCCAUUCGCCAAAGAAGUACAGAAGUACUAUCCGCAGGAGGGCUGGCACGGAGGCAAAGUCGACGACAUUUGUGUGGUGGUUGUAGUCGUAUCGGAAGAUGGCAAAGGCCCGGCCACCAAGGCCAAGCUAUAAUGAGGAGAAGUACGGGAUGUGAUACCUUGGGAUAGACGAACAACCAUUCAACAUAUAAUGGGGUCAUCAUUUUUGCAUUGCUCUGGCGUUUCGGGGACAAACAGCAAAUGGGCAUGGAAAAAGAAAGCAUUCGCAUCAGCAUAUUGGGCAUCACCACGGAGGGUAUUUUAUCUUUUUGUACAACCAAGGUAGAUCAGAUACAAACUAUGCGGCAUUUACGAGGCUGUUUCUGUUCUGUUCAAAUCUAGACAAAAAACACCUGUUGCGCU